AUGGGCGGGGUUGCUUGGUCGCUUCUUUUACGGGGUCCCACGAAGGAGAACAAAACGGUCAAGGAGGCUAAGGAGCGGUUGGAGCGUGAAGAGCGACAGGCCGCUGAGGACAAGGAGAACGAGAGACGGGCUAAAGAGUUAGAAGAGGCGCAGAAAAAGCUACAGGAUAUGGAGACGGAAAGGAAGCAGCGGGAGACGGACAUUCAAUCUGUGGAGAGAAAGGUCAAGGACGAGGAGGAGUCGAGGCGGCAGAAGGAGGAGGAUGAGAGGAUAGCACGAGAGAAGAAUGAAGAGGAGAGACGAGAGUUGGAGAGAAGGAUACAAGAGCUUCAGAGAAAAGAUGAAGAGCAUAAGGAAACGCUAGAGAGGCGAAAGAAGGAGCAAGAGGCGUAUCUGGCAGCCGAGAGAGCGUAUGGCCCGCUAAGGUGGCCAACGAGGGAGGAGUUCCAGGAGACGCUGAGGAGAACCCAAUACGACAUCAGCCGUUUCCACUUUGCCAUCGUCGGCAGGGCUGGCUGCGGAAAGUCGUCGCUCAUCAACGCAUUCCGGAACCUGCGAAACAGAGGGAAGGGGGCCGCACCAACAGGCACGACGGAGACGACGCUUGAGAUUGGACGGUAUCCCGAUCCUGGGACUGAGCCUCCACGCCAAUGGAUGGUGUGGUUUGAUGUUCCCGGCGCUGGGACGCAGCGCAUCCCCUACCAGGACUACUUUCUCAAGCAAGGGCUCUACGUGUUUGACCUCAUCGUCCUGGCAAUUGGAGACCGCUUCGAGGAGAUCGAUGUGCGCAUCAUCGAGGACUGCGCAAGGUUCGGGGUUCCGGUGUUUAUUGUCCGAUCGAAGGCGGACAUGCACAUUCUCAACAUGAUGCAAGAGUACGAAGACUACGAGCGAAUCACGGACAACCCAGAGCUGUAUUGCAAAUGUGUGAAGAAGUUCAUGCAGGAAACCCAGGACACAGUCUCCGACGGGUUAGCGAGACAGAACCUGCCGGACCAGGGCGUAUAUAUCGUCUCGAGGGAUGUGCUGCGGCGUACAUACCACAGCGCUCUCCAACGACACACGUCGCCUGACUGGAGCAAACCGGAUCCGGUGGUGCUCGACGAGAGGUUCUUGGUGAACGAUUUACUUGCGGCGGCUGCCGCACGACGGUGUGAGAGGAAUCUAGGGUCCAUGGCCCAGGAUGCACUGGGCUGUGUGAAGGAUGCAUGGAGAGGGCUCCGCGGCGAUAAUAGCGCGCAUGACAUGGCGCACACCGAGUCAGAUCUCACUGACCUUUCUAGCGUGAGCCAGAGUUGCGACACACAGGUAGACGCAGCAGCAGAGGUAGCAACAGAGGUAGCAACAGAGGCAGAGGCAGAGGCAGAGGCAGAGGCAGAGGCAGAGGCAGAGGCAGAGGCAGUGGCAGUGGCAGUGGCGGUAGUAGAGGUGGUGGUGGAGGAGAGAGCAGAGCCAGAAGCCGAGGUAGAGGUAGUGGCAGUGGCGGUGGCAGUGGCACCGACCAAUAUAUCCAUCCCCAACCACCAGUGA